AUGUCUAGCAAAUCUACAGAAACGCCGAGAAUGAGCGAUGAUGAAGAAACUCAUACUUCUGUUGAGGAAAUAGAGCUGCCUGUUACUAAACAGUCUUAUAAGGAAAUUCUUAUGUUGGCCUUUUCUUCUCUCGGUGCCAUUUAUGGUGAUAUUGGUACUUCACCAUUAUAUGUCUUGAAUUCCAUCAAAUAUCCUCACGCUACGCCGACUGAGGAGGAUAUUUUUGGUGGUAUCUCCAUUAUUUUUUAUUUAUUCAUCAUCAUUGUUCUUGCAAAAUACGCUUUUGUGGUUCUUACGUAUGGUCCCAAUGAAGGUGAAGGUGGACAAAUUGCCAUUUACGCUAAAAUUGCAAGACACUUGCAUUUCGGUCCAAAAGGUGUCAUUAUUCCUGGCUCUCCCCAAAGAUCAGACCUCGAGCUUUUGAAAAGAGUGGAAACUACAAACAGUUUCAUGUCGAGUAAAAGCCAAGGAGGUUGGAAAAAGAAACCAUCUGUCAUUAAAUUUAUUUCUGCCUUCACACUUAUUGUGUGCUUCUUGGGAUGCGCAUUAGUGAUAUCUGAUGGUUUAUUGACUCCAACUACUUCCGUCUUGAGUGCUGUUGCAGGUAUUCAGGUUGCAAAACCAAGUUUCAGUCACGUUUUGGCUGUUUCAGAGGUUAUUCUUGUUUUCCUCUUCUUCAUUCAACAAUUUGGAUCGGCUACCAUUUCCUACUUUUUUGCACCCAUCAUUGCUGUUUGGCUCGUGGGUCUCAUUAUCUGCGGUGCUAUCAACAUCUCUCAUCACCCAUCCGUCUUGAAGAGUCUCUCUCCUCAUUAUGCCAUCAGGCUUUUGAAACGUUCCGGUGUUGAUGCAUUCGGUGGCUCGAUGUUGGCCAUUACUGGUACCGAAGCCAUGUUCGCGGACUUAGGUCACUUUGGUAAAGUUCCAACUCAGAUCGGUAUUUCCACUGUUUUGUUCGCUCUUAUUAUCACUUACUUGGGACAGGGUGCAUAUGUCAUUAAGCGCCCAGAAAGUCUUCCAAACGUCUUUUACGAGUCUAUUCCAGGUGGUACAAACAGUUGGUUCUACUGGAUUAUGUUCGUAUUGGCUAUCUUGAGUACCAUUAUUGCAUCUCAAGCUUUGAUUUUGGGAGUUUUCAGUAUCUUGUCCCAAAUGAUCAACUUGGACUGUUUCCCAAAGUUGAGAGUGGUUCAUGUUUCGUCCUCAUACGUUGGUAAAGUCUACAUUCCUAUGGCCAACCUUUUGCUUCUUAUUGGUGUCUGCGCAACCACUGCAGGUUUCAAAAACUCCAAUAACGUCACUGCUGCGUAUGGUUUGGGUAUCUCCCUUGAUUUCCUCUUGACCUCCCUUUUGCUCAUGGUCUGUUUCGUCUAUGUUUAUGAAUAUCAGUGGUGGGUACUGGCUAUUUACUGUUUGAUUUUUGUUCCAUUGGAGGUCUGCAUCAUUAUCUCCAACAUCAAGAAGGUUCCUCAUGGAGGUUGGUUCCCAUUAAUGAUGUGUGCUAUUUUCUUUUCAAUUUUUGCUUUCUGGAGGUACUGCCGGAGCAAAACCGUGGAGAAACAACUUACCUCAAGAGUAAGAAUUACUGAUAUUUUCCCACUUUUGAAGGGAAAGCCCGCUUCUACAGUUGUGGACUUGGGACACAAGUCGUACGUUGAUUCUACAGAUAUCUCUAUGAAUGAAGCGGACUUAAGUGAGAGAGAAACGGUUGAGGAUGAACCAAAUCAAGAUGUGAAAUUCGAUGAGCGCCUGCCUUUCAAAUUGGUGUCUACAAACUACGGCAACGUCGAGUUGAGCACGAAACCGGGUGUGGCCAUCAUUUACUCGGAUAAUCCGUACAACGAUUUGUCGUCGCCUAACUCUGUUCCAGGAGUUUAUGAGAGAAUUGUGAGAAGUUGCGCACUGAUUCCAUCUGUUGUUAUCUUCUGCACUAUCCGUGUUCUCUCCAUCCCUACAGUUGCGUCGGAGGACCGUAUUCUUGUGGGUGCAACUAAAAUCCCGGGCCAUUACAACUGUAUUCUCCGUUUUGGUUUCAUGGAGCAAAGAGUCUCUGAUGAAACUUUGUCGCAAGAGAUCUUGAGACAGUUCCCAGAAGUUGAUAGACUUAGAUCGUCAAUGCUGGCCAAAAUCCCCGUCCUUCACAUAUUUGAGGCUGACAAAAUCCGUUCCAGUGAGGGAGACGAGGAAAUUCUUUUCACACGCAACCCACUUACCUGGACAGUGAAAUAUUUGAGAAGGAUCAUGAUUGACCAUGUCUUUAGUCCUGUGAAUGCUAUUUUCCAGCACGAUGAUCAGUAUGUGAGAAUCUCAAAUGAGGAUGAUGAGAGAAGAGAAAAAAUUUUCGUUGGAGGUAUAAUGAGGAUUUAA